AUGGGUACACCGUCCACGGACGUCUUUGUCAUCGUCACGUACGUCGUCAUGUUUGUCCUCCUCAUCGCGUGGGGCGUCUGCCAGUACGUUGGCCAGACUCGCGCCGGCGACGCCAUCGUGAGCUUGCUGCCCGGCGUCGACACGGUCCAGGACCUCGCAUCCACGGACACGGCGGCCGGCACGUGGACGUGCACGGCCUGCGCGUUUGCCAACAACAGCGCCGCGAGCGCGUGCCUCUUGUGCGGCUUGGGCCAACGCAGUGAGGCGCCGUAUGUGUGCGUCUCGACGCCCAAGGCCACGACCGCGGCGCAGCACCGGCGCGACUGGCACCGCUUUGUGCUACCGGACGGCCAGUACCGCUGGCAGCACGUGCGCGGCGAGAGCAUCGAAGCCGACGCGUACGUGGUCCACGUCCACGAGGCGUCGAUUCGUACCGAGACUGUCGCCGAGUUCAACGCGCGCCGCCGCGAGGCGUCGGAAGACGUCGUUGGCGUCCAUGCGCUUUCGUUUUCUCUGAAAUUCCAGUGGUUCCUCAAAGCUCUAGCGUGGCUCAAGGUUGGGCAGCGGCACAAGUUUGUCACGCUUUGCACGACGCGGCACGGCGACGACGUUGUGCAGGCCAUGUGCCGCGCCCUCGACGCACUCGCGGAGGCCGACGUGUACAAGCCGUUCUCGGUGCGCUUCGAUGACGAGCCCGGCGUCGACGCGGGCGGCCUCGAGCGCGAGUGGUACACACUCGUGGCCUCGGCGCUUUUUGAUCCCGCGACCGGCUUUUUUGCGACGACGCACGGCCAUACGCUCGAGAUCAACGCGGCGAUGGACCCGCAGUGGUACCGGGGCAUUGGCCGCUUCAUCGGACGGGCUCUCUUUGACGGCCACGCACUGCCCGCGCGCUUCAACGUCGUGCUCCUCAAGCAUCUCGUGGGCAUGCCCUUUGGUCUUGACGACCUGCGCUUCGUGGACCCGUCGCUGCACGCGAGUUUGCACUGGCUUGUAACGGCCGAGGACCAUGACGUGGCAGCCCUCGCGCUCGACUUUAGUGUCCUAUCACCCGACGGCCGCGUCAUCGACUUGGUGCCGGGCGGCCGCGAUGUGCUCGUCACCAACGACAACAAGGCGGCGUUCGUCGCGCGCUACGUCCAGUACCGCUGCGCCACGCGCGCACCCGCCGCGCUUGCUGCGUUUCUCGAUGGCGUCAAUGACAUUGUACCCCAACGAAUGCUCUCGGUCUUUGACCACGAAGAGCUCCGACUCGUGCUCUGCGGCCUCGAUGCUAUCGACGUGGCCGACUGGAAGCGCCACACGUUCAUCUACGGCGGCAGCAGCAGCGACGAACGAACGAUCGCGUGGUUUUGGGACAUCGUCGCUGGCUUCUCGCACGCGCAGCGCGCGCGGUUGCUGCAGUUUGUCACUGGGAGUCCGUGCGUGCCCUUCCAGGGCUUCCGCGGGCUCACGACCCGAGACGGCAAGCUGUGCCACUUUACGCUCCGCGUUGUACCCAUGACCGACACGAUGCAGUACCCCGUCGCACGCACCUGCUGCAACCGCUUGGACCUGCCCGACUACAAGAGCAAGGCGGUGCUGCUCGAGGCGCUCACGCUGGUGGCCGCGAUGGACGUGACGGGCUUCUCCAUGGCGUAG